AGCCAGACGUGUCACGUGGCGUUACAUCAUGGGUGAUGUCAUUCAUCCAGGCCCAGGGACAGUCCAUCUAUAUAAACGUCUUCUGGUCAUUGUUUUUGGCAUUCAUUCUCAAUUAAGUCACAAUCAUCAAGACAUCCUUCAAGACUUUCCAUCCUUCAAGAAUAUCUUACUACGUUUACAAUAUCGUCAAACAAUCAUCCAUAACAACCUACAACCACAACCAUCAUGCCUGACACCGUCAAGUCCUACGUUGACUCUGCCACCGGCAUGGCCCAGCGUGCCGUGGGCAGCGUAACCGGCAGCACUUCUACCACAGAGAACCAAACCCAAGACACAACCCAAAAAGGCGAAGCUCCCCACGCCAAACUCGGUCCCGUAACCGCCGACCCCAACACCGGUGCGACCGCCAAAGACAACAGCACCCGCUCCAACGGCUCGUGGGACCAAACCGUCGGAUCCGCCAAGGAGUCCCUGGGCAACCUCGUGGGCAGCGAGAACCUGCGCCAGCAAGGCGUUGAGCAGAAUGCCAGCGGCAAGGAGCAGGAAGCCAAGGGCCAGUUGAAGGAUCUCGGCCAGGGCGUGGGUGACCGUGUUCAGGGCACGAUUGGGGGUAUUGGGGCUGCUGUGAAGGGGGAUCGAGAGGAGGAGGAGAAGUGGAGGGCUCAGCAUGAUGAGGGCAAGGCGAGACAGAGGGGGGCUGAGGCUGAUAUUGAGGCUAAGGGGGGUAAAUAAGCUGUUUUCUGGAUGCGCUGAGAGAGGAUGAUUUAUGUACUAUAUGAUUUAUGAUAUCCGUACACAGUCUGUACUCUGUAUGAUAUUAAUUCGAACUUGAACUUCGAUAUGAUUUGAGUGCUUCUUGUAGAUCUUUGUAUAUUCAAUGAUAUCAGAUCUACAGAUUGAACUCUAAAUGUAUACUGGGC